GGGACUCAUCCCGCUCCGCGGGGUUUGAAGGGUGGCGGGCGGCGGACUGGCGGUGGCUUCCCAGUCGGACUUCGGCUCCGGCCCCGGCCCCGGCCCCGGCCCCGGCCCCGACCCCAAACCCCAGAGAAGGCCAGUCCACCGAGGAGGAGCGGGGUUUUUCUCCACUGCCGCCGCCGCCCUUUCCGCCUUCGGAGCUCUCUCGGGAUACCCCACAUUUCCAGGGGUCGGGAGCCCGAGGGGCGCGCUCGGCCCUCCGGCUCCUGCUCUUCAGCCUUUGCCGCGAGCGGCUGCGGAGACCUCGCCAGGCGUGACGGGCUGGGCCUGCACCCCGCGUGCGGGACCGUCUCCUGUGGGCCCAGUGCCCCGGCGGGAAGAGUACCGUAGGCGUCCGUGGCUGGAGCAGUGGAGCCUGAGUGCAGUCACCUUGUGUCAAAUAAAAGAUCCUUUGUAGCAUUAAUCACAGACAUAAUUACAUGCUGAAGGUCAUCUUUGUGAAGACUGUGAUUCUCCCCAGCCACUUAUCAAGUUCCAAAUAGCUUUUCCCCUGGUUUCGGAGUAUGGAUUUCGUACCAGAAUCCACUCUUGAAGUUUACCUCAGUAACUUCAGGAAACAUUGGUGAUUUGUGAAUCUGGGACUACCUAUACUGGAAGAGUCGUUACAUCUAGUUAGGCUAAUAUUUGAAGAUAUGACCUUGAUGGGCACAGAAACUGCAUGGAAGUAAAGAAAAUUUAAGGUAUAAUUUGGCCUCCCGAGAUUCUGUCUUAGCACGAAGAAAGUGAAAAAUACUCUUGAAAAGAAAACUAAGACAAUAAGAAAGCAAGACUUGCUUUUACAUGGUUGUCAGCUCACUUACCAAUAUGGACACUUUUCCCACCAUUUUUCCUCCUGGUGGAGACAGUGGGCUGACCAGUUCUCAAUCUGAGUUCCAAAAAAUGUUAAUUGAUGAACGGUUACGAUGUGAACAUCAUAAAACUAAUUAUCAGACUCUGAAAGCUGAACAUACAAGGUUGCAGGAUGAGUACAUGAAGUCACAAAAUGAGCUCAAGCGCCUAUUAAAUGAAAAGCAAACUCACCAGGAAAAAUUUCAGCUGCUGCUUGAAGAGCUACGAGGGGAAUUAGUAGAGAAAACUAAAGACUUAGAAGAAAUGAAGCUGCAGGUAUUAAGUCCACAAAAGCUGGAAUUGUUACGAGCUGAAAUACAACAAGAGCUAGAAACUCCAAUGAGAGAAUGUUUUAGGCAUCUGGAUGAAGAAGUAGAAAAGUAUAGAGCUGAAUAUAAUAAACUUCGCUAUGAACAUACAUUUCUCAAAUCAGAAUUUGAACACCAGAAAGAAGAAUUUGCACGUAUUUUAGAAGAAGAAAAAAUAAAAUAUGAAUCAGAGAUUGCAAGACUGGAGAAAGAUAAAGAAGAACUACAUAACCAGCUGCUUAGUGUUGAUCCCACAAGAGACAGCAAACGAGUGGAGCAACUUGUUCGAGAAAAAGUCCAUUUGUGUCAGAAGUUAAAAGGUUUAGAGGCUGAAGUAGAAGAAUUGAGAGCUGAAAAAGAAAAUUCUGGUGCUCAGGUAGAAAAUGUCCAAAGAAUUCAGGUGCGGCAGUUGGCUGAGAUGCAGGCUACGGUCAGAUCCCUGGAGGCUGAAAAACAGUCAGCUAAACUACAGGCUGAACGCUUGGAAAAAGAGCUACAAUCAAGCAAUGAACAAAACACUACUUUAAUUAGUAAAUUGCAUAAAGCUGAACGGGAAAUAAAUACAUUGACCAGUAAAGUAAAAGAACUUAAACAUUCAAACAAACUAGAAAUAACAGACAUCAAACUGGAGGCAGCAAGAGCUAAGAGUGAGCUAGAAAGAGAAAGGAAUAAAAUUCAAAGUGAACUGGAUGGAUUACAGUCAGACAAUGAAAUUCUCACAUCAGCUGUUGAACACCACAAAGUGCUUUUAGUAGAAAAGGACCGUGAAUUAAUACGUAAAGUACAAGCUGCCAAAGAAGAAGGUUACCAAAAACUUGUGGUAUUACAAGAUGAAAAGCUAGAACUUGAGAGCAGAUUAGCGGAUUUAGAGAAAAUGAAAGUGGAACAUGAUGUCAGGAGGCAAUCUGAAAAGGAACAGUGUGAAGAGAGAUUGCGAGCUUCACAGAUGGCAGAAGAGUCGGCCAGGAGGGAACUUCAGAGUAUUAGGUUAAAACUUCAACAACAAAUUGUGAAUAUUGAAAAUGCAGAGAAAGAAAAAAAUGAAAAUUCUGACCUGAAACAGCAAAUCAGUAGUUUGCAGAUCCAAGUGACCUCACUUGCACAGUCAGAGAAUGAGUUGCUGAAUUCAAACCAAACACUGAAGGAAAUGGUGGAGAGGUUAAAACAGGAAUGCCGAAAUUUAAGAAGCCAAGCUGAAAAAGCGCAACUAGAAGUUGAAAAGGCAUUGGAAGAGAAGCAAAUACAGUGGUUGGAAGAAAAGCAUAGGCUUCAUGAACGUAUCACUGACAGAGAAGAAAAAUAUAAUCAAGCUAAGGAGAAAUUGCAGCGAGCUGCAAUUGCCCAAAAAAAGAGAAAAUCUCUUCAUGAAAACAAGUUGAAGAGAAUGCAGGAAAAGGUAGAAGUCUUGGAGGCAAAGAGAGAAGAAUUAGAAACAGAAAAUCAGGUGUUAAAUAGACAAAAUGUUCCAUUUGAAGAAUAUACAAGGCUUCAAAAAAGACUAAAGGAUAUACAGAGAAGACAUAAUGAAUUUCGAAGUUUAAUUUUGGGUCCUAACAUACCUUCAACAGCAUCCAUCAAUCCUGUUAGCUUUCAGUCACCAGCUGUGGUUCCAGGCAUGGAACUAUCCUUUCCUCCUCAUAUGCAGGAGGAGCAGCAUCAAAGGGAACUCUCUCUACUUCGCAAAAGACUAGAAGAACUAGAAACAACACAAAGAAAACAACUAGAGGAACUUGGAUUUCCUGGGGAAUGAUUUUCUUGGAGAAAAGGCAGAUCAAAAGGGAUGAAAUCAGUGACUCAAUAAGGCUUGAAGUUUUAACGUAUGUGGUAUUUAGAUACUUUAUUACUGUUUGCCAAAACACUUGAAUGUGCCUCAAGAGAAGGUACCAGUACAUGAUGUAUUGAAUGAAUGUCAGGAUUUUAGGGUUAUACUAAUGAUAAGUGAAGCACUAAAGCAGCUUCAGAGAUAUUUAGAAUAUUAUUGACAACCCUUUGAGAAUGUGAAAUAAAUGAACAAAUAAAAGGAACUCAUUAGGGAAUCAAGUUUUAAAAUUAUUUUAUUAAUCUUACUUUGUUGAGUUUUUUGGCAUUUUGUCUAAAACAUGCCCAUCUUGGAUUCCCUCUUCCUCUUCUUUGAGAUGCUUGGCAAUAACAGGGUCAGUGAACAUUUUCUGGUUUACUACAUAUGAGUUAUAAACCUCUAGUUCUUGAAAAAUGACAAUUUUAAAGUUAGUAUAAAAAAAUAAAGAUCUCUAGAUAUAUAUUAUAAAACACUACCUUUUCUAAAA